AUGGCCAAGGCUAAAGCAGGUAAAGCGGCUGCCAAGGCUGCGAAGAAAGCCAAGGCGAAUGAGAAACAAGCAAAACGAGAAACCAAAGUAGCCAAAAAGGCCAAAGGAAAGGAGGAGGGGGGUGAUGACUUGGAAGCUAUACUCGAACAGAUGAGACAAGAUUGGGAAAAGGCCCACAAAGUUACCGAAGAGAUCAGCACUGGACCACCUUCCCGAAGGGCAAACUCUACACUCACGGCUUGUCCGAGCGGAAAUUAUUUGUGGUGCAUUGGCGGGGAAUACUUCAGCGAAGAUGGAAAAGCUCAUUUCUACAACGAUGUUUAUCGUUAUUCCCCAGACAAGAAUGAAUGGCGCCUGUAUACCUCGCCUACAUCCCCAUCACCCCGUUCCGCGCACGCAGUUGCCUCAAGCCCAGCCAGCGGAGGACAGCUGUUUUUAUUCGGUGGCGAAUUUAGCUCGUUAAACCAGACCACCUUCCAUCACUACCGGGACUUUUGGGUAUUUUCUAUUGAGACAAAAUCGUGGGAAAGAAUAGAGACCAAAACAAGCCCGAGCGCUCGCUCCGGGCACAGGAUGGCAAUGUGGAAACAUUACAUCUUGCUUUUUGGUGGAUUUAAUGAUCCAGGAAUCAAAACCAAAUACUUUGAUGAUCUUUGGUUAUUUGACACCCAGCUAUAUACCUGGAAGCAGAUUGAAUUUGGACCUACUGCUAAGAGGCCAUCUGCAAGGAGUGGAUUUUCCUUUAUCCCGACUGCGGAGGGUGUGAUACUGCAUGGAGGCUACGUCAAAGAGUAUGUCAAGGGAAAACGGGUCGAGGGCAAAGCGCUAGAGGACACCUGGCUUCUGCAAAUGAAUGCAGAAGAUCCACUGAAACCAAAAUGGGAGAAACGCAAGAAGGUUGGAUAUGCACCAACGCCUCGAUCUGGAUGCACGAUGGCACUCUGGGCCUCCAGAUCAACAGGGGUCAUGUUUGGGGGUGUCUAUGACGAAGACACGAGCGAAGAAACCAUGGAAUCUGUCUUCUAUCAAGACAUGUACGGGUACCAAAUGACAGGAAAUGGGCGCUGGAUCUCCCUGACUCUGCGAAAGCAAAAACAAAAGGGGAAGAAGCCGCAAAUAGCUCAGCAGAAACCGCAAAAGGAUGGAAGUGACACAGACAUGGAUGAAACAGAUCAGCCACAGUCUGCUCCCAAAGUAGCAACCCCGGGCACUCCGACAGAACCUGAGCAGACAAUACCCUUGCCGAGGUACAACGCCCUCUUAGCCGUACUUCGCAAUACCCUCUAUAUAUACGGAGGAAUUUUCGAGCGUGGCUCCCGCGAAUACACCCUGGAUGAUUUUUAUUGCCUCCAAUUAGACAAGCUCGAUCGGUUUGUCUGUCUGAAGCCAUGCGAUGUUGUUUUUGCGGAGAAUGACGACAGCUCCUCUGAUGACUCAGAUGACUCGGAGGGAGAUAGUGAUGGUAGUGAUGGAGAUGAAGAUGAAGAUGAGUAUGGAAGCGAGGGUGAAGAAAGAGGGUCCGUUCGUAAUGAAAAGGAAAAUCGAAAAGAGGUUACACCCAUGGAGACUGACGACAAGCCAGAGCCAGAGAAAGAGCCAGAAGUUGACGAGAAUGAUGAUGCUGAGGAUGCUGAGGUUGAUGAGCUGACAAAACAAGCUCAAACAUUUCUGGGGGUUUCCAAAGAUACGACUCGAUCUGCGGAAGAGGCUAUUUCUACCCCUCUUCCAGGGGAGACUCUGGCCAUGUUCUAUGCGCGCUCCCGCGAGUACUGGGCGCAGAAAGCACAUGAAAAUAGCGACAAUCGUGGCAAAUUGUUGAGGCGGGAUGGAUUUGCUCUUGCUGAAGAAAGAUAUGGUCAGUCGCUCCAUACAAAUAACUCUGAUACAAUCCUCAAUAUUGUCAAUACUAUCACAGAGACAUACAGGCCAGUGCUAAAAGAAGUAGAAAGAAUUCUGGAGGAGGCAGGAUUAGAUGCAGAGGAAAUCAAACGUGUGGGUACAGGAGGUGGAACGAGCAGUGGGAGCCGCAACCGACGGUAA